AUGACUUCUCAUUCAGUUUCAUAUCUGAACAAUGAUGAUGAACAUCGUUUACAAGCAUUAAAUGAUCAUGUUAUAGUGUCCGAAUUAGAUAAUAAUAUCUUAUCUUCUAACUCAAAUAAUAUUUCGGAUUCUCAUUUGGAUCUUAAUCUUAAUGAACAUGUUAAUUUGAAUAAAAAAAAUGAUGAAAAUCAUGCUAUUACACCAAGAUCGUCGUCAACAUCAAAUUUACAUCUCGUUAAUUCAUCGUUAUCUUCUGUUCGUCGUCCACUCUCAGCCGACGAAUCAGAGGAUGGUUUUCGUAUUGUGAAGAACAAGAAAAAACAAAAACAAAUUGCACGUGAUGACCCUCAAGCAUUAAAUAAUGGUGAAGAAUAUCGUGUUAAUCCAAUUGUACCUAAUCUUGAUGAUAUAGAACUUGAUCAAAAUCAAAUACAUACUAUUAAUGAUAAUCAACAUCAGUUAUCUUCUUAUAAUUUCGUUAUUACUAAUGAAUCAACACGUUUUGCUCAAACAAGGUAUCCGUUUCCACCAUUUGUUUUACAUUUUGGUGCAGGAAAGGUUACAAGUAAUCAAGUUAAAGAAAAUUUAAUUGAUCAUUGUAAAAAAAUUCAUCAAUUUGAUGUUCAAGUGAUUAAUUGUCGUUUAUCUUCUAAUGUUCUAUCUGAUAAUGAAUAUGAUAUUCUUAUAUAUGUAAAAGAUGCUUUUUCUUUUUCGUUUUUAUUAGAACAACCUCAUUGGCCAAAAGUUAUAGGUGGUAAAAGUUAUUUUUUUCCUUCAGCACCAGCUAUUCCACCACAACUCUGUUUACUUAUUAAAAAUGUUGAUUUACGUAUUGAUUUUGAUGAAUUCUGCUUUGAUAUUAAAUCUAACUAUCCUCAAGUUAAAAAUAUAAUUAGAAUGAAAAACAAGUUUCAAAAUGAGAUCAAGAUGGUUAAAAUUGAAUUAACUUCUUCUUCUACUAGAGAUGAAUUAUUAAAUAAAAAGAGAAUUACUGUUAAUUAUAUCAUUUAUGAUAUUAUUGAAUAUUUAGCUCCUGCUAAUGUGCUCAUAUGUUCUAAGUGCAUGGCAUUGGGGCAUUUUAAAAAACAAUGCUCCCAGAUUAAAGAAACAUGUCGUACAUGUUGUGAACAAGUUGAUGAUAUGAAAAAUCAUAAUUGUUCUAAAAUUGAAAAAUGUAUCCACUGUGGACAAAAUCAUAAAUCUAGUUCUCUCAAGUGUCCGGUGGUCAAAUCUUUUCGUACUGAAUUAACUCGUAAAAUUCUUCAACUUAAUAAUCAUUCAUCACCUGAUAUGAACUCGAGUAAAAAUAUUAUUUUUAAUUCAACUAAUUUUCCACCUCCUCCACCACCUAAAUCUUCAACUUCAUCAAUUAACCCUAUGAUGGAUAAGCUGGAUGAAUUAAUAAAUAAAUUAUCAGAAGUGAAGAAUCAUCUUGCUAAUUUGGAAGCUAAACAUGAUCAAUUUGAACAAUUCAUAUUAGAAAAAAAUCGUAAUGAUGAAAUUGUUACUAAAAAUAUUAAUGAUAUAUCUAAUUACCAUAUGGAUUUAAAGAAAAAUGUUGUUCAACAUAGUUUAUAUAUUGAUAGACAUGAAAAUUUAUUUUGUAAAUUGUUAAUUCCUAUGUUUGAAGAUUUAUUUUCAUUUAUUGCAGCACAAAAUUGUGACAAGAGGGGUAAUCCACUUGAUGUGGAUCUUAAAUGUAAACUUAAUCGUUAUUUGGUUCAAAUGAAAAAAGCAAUUGAAGGCAAACAAUUUACAAGCUAA